AUGGGCGGAGCGGGUGAAUUUUGAACUGAUGGCGGCGGAGUUCAGUUGUCGGUGAUGCGCACGGUGCACGGUCGUCUCGCUCUUUCGUCCGGCUUCGGCAGCAGGACUCGGAAGGCUUAGCGGAGGCGGCGGAGCUUGGACCCUCCUGCCAGCCAUGGACCCACGUCGUAAGGCGAAGGUCCCGAGGAGACGGCCCCCCAGCCCGGUGCCCGGACCCUCGCGGCCAGACCCGAGCCCGCGCCGCCCGUCGAGAACCCCGACGAGACGGCCCUCCAGCCCGAGCCCGCGCCGCCCGUCGAGAACCCCGACGAGACGGCCCUCCAGCCCGAGCCCGCGCCGCCCGUCGAGGACCCCGACGAGACGGCCCUCCAGCCCGGUCCCCGGACCCUCGCGAUCGAGCAGCAUCCGUCAAGGCGCUUCCAGUCUACGCCGCAGGCGGAAAUUUCUGUGGCUGAAGGAAAUGCAGAAACUGCAGAAGAGCACAGACCUCCUGCUGAGGAGACAGCCUUUCGGCAGAGUCGUUAGAGAAAUCUGUCAGAAAUUCACUCGCGGUGUGGACUUCUAUUGGCAGGCCCACGCCUUGUUGGCCCUUCAAGAGGCAGCAGAAGCGUUUCUGGUUCACCUCUUCGAGGACGCCUAUCUCCUCACCUUACACGCUCGCAGAGUCACCCUCUUCCCCAAGGACAUACAGCUGGCCAGGAGGAUCCGAGGCAUCGAGGGAGGGCUCGGCUGAGCCGGCAGUGUGCUGUGUGUCUAGUCAACACCUGGGACCAUCUGGAGCCACAGCUAGACCAGUGAUGUCUGAGGAGCUGCCUGGACCCGGCGGGGGUUGAACAGCAUGCACACGUUGCCCUUUAAACUUUCUAAGUAGAAGACCGUGUGGCGUUUCUCUGUGACAGAGACAAAAGGCCAUCUGCACACGUCCAUGGACAUGAAUGUUUGCAAACCAAAGGUCAGCUUUGGCGUGUGAACUGCUCGACCGUUUGACUGUUGAAGGGUUUCGGACACAUGAGAUCUGCCGUGUUAGGAGGGGAUAUUGUUAUUUUAAUCUUUCUGUGCUGUGUGCAUCUUUUACCAUUUGUGUAUUUGUGCUUUUGCUUAAACUAUAAGGGAGAAAAAUCUGGGCACAAGGCUUGAAUCUGUUGUAUGGAAAACCCUGGCAGUCCCGCCAUAGAAAUGUCUGCCUUCCAGAUUGAUUUCACCAAUAGUGCCUGUCAGCAAACAUGCAGCUUUUCAAAACUUAAUUAGAAUUGAAUACAAAUCUCCUCUGCCUUCCCUUUAAUGCUAGGGCUUGAAUCCAGCGUUUUGCACAUGCUAAGCUUGGACUGUACUGUUGAGCUAUAGCCGCAGCCUGAAGUGUACAGUCUUUCUGUUUCCUACAGAGUCCCUCAUAGAACUGGACAUUUUAGUCCUAGCUGUAAAUCAUAUAAAAUGUGUCAUAUCACUUUGGGGUUUUAAAAUGCGUUUUUGGUAUUUUUACAGGUAUUUCUUUUUAGCUUAUUUGGGGGAGAAAUAACAAAAAAAAUUUCUUAAUUAAAAAAAUUAAAAUGAAGCUACUGCUAUAGGUGUUAUAAGCUCUUUUAGUAAAUAUUAAGCUCAUUUUUACACCAUUUGAAACAGCCACAAUGUAAACAAGAUGUGAGUGGCGGAGCUUUGCUGCUGAUGAGACAGACACACACAGGAUUUAGAUUUAGUAAUCUAAGAGGUUUCCUAUUGAGGACCUGCCUUGACAAAAUUACUUCUACCAGGGUAAGAGCAUAGGAAUUGAAGAAAUAUAAGUAAAGAAUAUGAAGAUGCAUAAAAAUAAUAAGACAGAAAACACAGAAAGUAUUGGGAGGGCAUUCCACUGAUCGAAAUCCUAAAAUUCACCCAUGUUUAUUUUUCCACAGCUUUUAUACCCAACAUAAAGGGGGGAGGGUAACAUGAUAAAAAGGAUAACUCACAGUCAAUGGCUGUAUCACUCUGAGACAUCAAAUCUUUAGCCUUCUGUUGUCUAAGUGAUGGAGGUGCCCUCCCUAGGUGACCUCAUAGUUACAGAAGAAGGAGCAAAAGUACAUUUGCAUAUCCUGACCACCUGUCAGGAGGGCACCAGAAUUACUAGACGAGCUCUCCUGAGUUAGGACAAGCAACUAAGCUUGUCCAUCUCCAAACUCUCUGACCUUCAGACAAGGUGGAAAUGGACCCGCAGUCCCAGGAAAAUGGGACCUGCUGCCCUUGGACUUGGACAAGAGCGAGCACUAAACAGUCUGUGCUGUUGAUGAGGACUCGGCAGCUGACUGACCUCGAAGUUCGAGGUUUUGCCAUUUAAUAAACUUUACCCUUUGUAAACAUCUGCCAUUUGAUCAGAUAUAUGCAGCCAUGCAAAUAAAGCUUAUUGGUGGGAGUUUGAGUUUUCA